AUUUUGUUUCCACAGAUGUGUUAAAUGAUCUAUGAGCGUGGCUCAAAGAUACUACUUGUUCGGUUCACCCAUUUCCGUUUACGCCGCAUGGGUAGUGUGUGUGGCGGAUGAGAGGUUGGAGAGAAAAAUAAGUGUACUUGGUGACAAUAAUUAUAUAGAUAAUGGCGAUUCGACCAGUGUAUAGACCAACUAUUGUCAAGAAGAGGACGAAACACUUCAUUCGUCAUCAGAGCGAUCGCUACAAGAAGCUUAAGAGAUCAUGGCGUAAACCAAAGGGAAUUGACAACAGAGUGCGCCGUAGGUUUAAGGGCCAAUACCUUAUGCCAUCCAUUGGUUAUGGUAGCAGUCGUAAGACAAAGCAUAUGCUACCAACAGGCUUCCGCAAGGUUUUGGUACAUAAUGUCAGGGAACUGGAAGUCUUGAUGAUGCAGAACCGCAAAUUUUGUGCUGAAAUUGCACAUGCGGUUUCUUCAAAGAAACGUAAAGCUAUUGUGGAGCGGGCACAGCAGCUAUCCAUCAGAGUGACCAACGCUAAUGCCCGCUUACGUAGUGAAGAAAAUGAAUAAUGUGACUUAUCAUUGUAAUAAAAAUAAAAUUCUCAAAUAUUUUAUAA